GGUUAAAGUGGUGCCAAGCUGUGAGAGAGGAAGUCUGUGUUUAAGGCUGUGCAAAAAACCCCAUCUCUUGAGCUCUAGGUGAUAUUGAAUAUUCCCUGAGGAUUGGAUAACAGUGUCCAAUAACUGGCAUCCUGCUGGCGAGCCCCAGCCAGAGUAGACCUAUUCAGCCAACACUGAGGAGAAAAGAGAACCUUGUCUUGUACCCUGUUGGUGAUUUUGUUGGGGAGGAGGGGAGAAGAUUUAAGCUUUAAGCCUACUGAGAGAAGGAUUUGUCCGAUCACAAGAUGGUUUUAAAUGAGGUGGAUGAUGGAGGAUCUGAACAAGAAGACAACAGAUUCCUGGAGCCUGAUGUCAUUGCCAAGGGAAACAUACUUGAGAGUUUUACAGAGAGCCAUGAAGUACAGGAGUUGAUUAAUAAUCUCAGAUUAGUGUAUGAAGACCUGACGUUGCGAGAAACAGCACUUGAAAAAUUUAAAGUUAUAAUGGACAAGUACCAAGAACAGCCUCAUCUUUUGGAUGCUCAUUUAGAGUGCAUGUUGAAUGUACUAUUAGAUAUUGUCCGGGAUGAAGCAUCUCCCUCUUCUUUAAUUCAUCUGGCCUUUCAAUUUCUCUACAUCAUUUCAAAGGUCCGAGGGUGUAAAACUUUCCUGCGACUAUUUCCUCAUGAGGUAGUCGAUGUGCAGCCUGUUUUAGAUAUGCUUGUAUGUCAGAAUCCAAAAGACUAUAUGACCUGGGAGACUCGUUAUAUGCUAUUGUUAUGGUUGUCUGUAACAUGCCUGAUUCCAUUUGAUUUGGCACGGCUAGAUGGAAAUAUCUCUUCCCUAGAAGGAUGCCCUCGCGUAUCAACAAUGGACCGAAUCCUCACGGUAGCAAAAUCUUACCUUAUGGUAAGUGACAAGCCUCGAGAUGCAGCUGCAGUCUUGGUCUCCAAGUUUAUAACCCGCCCUGAUGUCAAACAAAAAAGAAUGGCAGACUUCCUGGACUGGACCCUUUCAACAUUGUCUAAGUCUUCUUUUCAGACGAUGGAAGGGGCUAUUGUAAUGGAUGGCAUGCUUCAAGCUCUGGCACAACUUUUUAAACAUGGAAAAAGAGAAGACUGUUUACCAUAUGCUUCUACUGUGCUUGAAUGCCUUGAUAAGUGCAAGCUGUCUGAAAGUAACCAAACACUUCUUCGCAAGCUGGGAGUGAAACUUGUUCAGCGACUUGGCCUGACAUUUCUUAAGCCAAAGGUGGCAAAGUGGAGGUAUCAGCGGGGUUUCCGAUCUUUAGCUGCAAAUCUGCAGUUUUCCACUGAUGGCUCUUGUGCACAGAAAACAGAUGAUUCAGUUGCUGUCAAGAAAGAGGAGGAAGAGGAAGAGGAAUAUGAUAUUCCAGGAGAGGUUGAAAAUGUUGUAGAACAAUUACUGAUUGGAUUGAAAGACAAGGACACAAUUGUCAGAUGGUCUGCAGCAAAAGGGAUUGGCAGACUGACUGGAAGGUUACCGAAAGAGUUGGCUGAUGAAGUGGUUGGAUCUGUGUUAGAAUGCUUCAGUUUUCAUGAAACGGACAGUGCUUGGCAUGGUGGAUGUUUGGCUCUAGCUGAAUUAGGAAGAAGGGGAUUGCUUCUACCUUCCCGGCUCCCUGAUGUUGUUCCUGUGAUUUUAAAAGGACUGACCUAUGAUGAGAAACGGGGAGCCUUCAGUGUCGGCUCUAAUGUACGGGAUUCAGCUUGCUAUGUAUGUUGGGCUUUUGCUCGUGCCUAUGACCCCUUAGAACUGAGACCAUUUGUCAAACAAAUUGCAAGUGCCCUGGUUAUAGCUGCUGUAUUUGAUCGUGAUAUUAAUUGCAGGAGAGCUGCCUCGGCUGCCUUCCAGGAGAAUGUUGGUAGACAGGGUACAUUCCCACAUGGAAUUGACAUUUUGACCGCAGCUGAUUAUUUUGCUGUUGGUAACAGAGCAAACUGCUUCCUCAAUAUAAGUGUAUAUAUCGCUGGAUUUUCUGAGUAUACCCAGCCAAUGAUUGAUCACUUGGUUAACAUGAAGAUUAACCACUGGGAUGGUGUUAUUCGGGAGUUAUCAACCAAAGCUCUACAUAAUCUUACACCACAGGCCCCUGAAUAUAUAACAAAUGAAGUUUUACUCAAACUGCUACCACUAACAGUAGGCACAGAUCUUCAUACUCGUCACGGAACAAUUCUGGCCUGCGCUGAGAUUACCCAUGCCUUGAGUAAACUAGCAGAAGAAAAUAAGAGAUCCAUUACAUCAUAUUUAGAUGAAAAAAUCUUGGAAGGACUUAAACAGAUUCAUUUGGAGCUUUCCCGUCGUCAGUUGUAUAGGGGUUUGGGUGGAGAACUAAUGAGACCAGCUGUUUGCACUUUGAUUGAAAAGUUAUCACUUUCAAAGGUUCCCUUUAAGGAAGAUCCCAUAAUUGAUGGCUGGCAAUGGCUAAUAAAUGACAGCUUACAAAGUCUCCAUCUUGUUUCAAGCAAUGCAAGGCAACAAAUAAAAGAAUCAGCAGUCUCUGCUUUAGCUGCUUUGUGUAAUGAAUAUUAUUGCACUGGAGAGGGAAGUGCAAAUCCAGCUCAACAAGAUGAACUGGUGAAGCAAUACAUUUCAGGCCUGCAAAGCCAUGAGGAAAUGAUUCGGUGUGGCUUUUCUCUAGCCUUGGGUGCUCUUCCUAAGUUGCUUCUAAAAGGCAAAUUCCAGAAGGUUUUAGAAGGUUUGAAGAGAGUCACUUCAAUUUCCCCUGAAACUGUGAGCUUUGCUGAAUCCAGAAGAGAUGGGUUAAAAGCUAUUGCAAAAGUUUGCUUAACAGUUGGCGCGAAAAGAGAAGGGUCACCAACUGAAUAUGUGUGCAAAAAUAAUAUUGCACAGAUAUACGACAUGUUGCUGAAUGGACUGAAUGACUACACCACAGACAGUCGUGGUGAUGUUGGAGCAUGGGUGAGAGAAGCUGCUAUGACGAGUUUAAAAGAAGUGACGCUGUUGCUAACACAGACUGAGCCAGAGUUAAUUGACGCUGAUGUUACCAAGCAGAUCAUGUGCUGUGUGGCCCAACAGUCAGCGGAAAAAAUUGACCGAUUUCGAGCUCAUGCAGGAUCUGUGUUCCUCACACUUUUGUACUUUGACAACCCUCCUGUUCCACAUAUACCCCAUCGAGAAGAAUUAGAGAGGAUAUUUCCAAGAUCAGAGGCUAUAACAUUCAACUGGAAUGCAGAAUCACAAGCCUUUCCUAGAAUCACACAGCUUUUGGGCUUAGCAUCGUACCGUUACCAUGUUCUAACAGGUCUGACUGUAUCUGUUGGUGGACUGACCGAAUCAACAGUGCGGUACUCAUCCCAAAGCAUGUUUGAUUAUCUGAAGAGUAUUCAGAAUGACAUGGAUGCAAUGAAUAUCUUUUGUGAGACAUUGCUGCAGGUUUUUGAAGACAAUUUACUGAAUGAUAGAGUGUCUGUACCACUGUUAAAGAUGCUGGACCAGAUACUGGCCAAUGGCUGCUUUGAUAUCUUUGUGGCUGAAGAAAACCACCCAUUUCCUAUGAAGUUACUUAAACUUUGUAAAGAAGAAAGCAGGAAAUCUAAAGAUGUCCAGAAACUUCGCUCCAGCAUUGCAGUUUUUUGUGGCCUGAUUCAGUUUCCAGGAGACAUGAGAAAGCAAGUUCUAUUUCAGCUCUUCCUCCUCCUUUGUCAUCCAUUUCCAGUUAUAAGGAAGACGACAGCUAGUCAGGUGUAUGAAAUGCUGAUAACCUACAGUGAUGUUGCUGAACCUGAUGUUAUAGAAGAAGUCAUGACAAUUUUGAGUGACACCAACUGGGAUGCAGACUUGUCAUUUCUGAGGAAGCAGCGCAACUAUUUAUGUGAUUUAAUGAAAGUGCCGAAACCACAAUUAAUAAGCAAGAACAAAUAAAUGGAAACCCAUCAACAUUGAAAACAAAGAUCCAAAAGAGAAAGAAGAAUUUGACUCAACAACCUGAGCAACUGUAUAAAGAAAAAGUAAUAGUUUGCAGGCCUGCAUUUGGAAGCACUGUAUUUACUAGAGAAUUUUUAUUUAAAGAAUUGUUAACUAAACUUAAAGUCUGAUAGUGUUAACUCCACAUUCAUAGCCACAAGAUGGCAGUUUGGACACAUAAUUUUCUCUUGUAGUUCAAAUUUAAUAUGAAUUCUGAGCCUUGAUAUUGCAUGUUCCUUUUUCAAAAUUGAAUUCAAGUAUCUAUUGGAAAGAUCAAACCACAAUUUCUUGUAUAUUCUAUCUUUUCCAGCUGUUUGUCUUGUUUACAAUGAAAGCUUGAACAUGCUAGUGAAGCAAUUUGUACUUGCUAAAGCAAGUUACCCUGUCAUGCAUUGCUGUUAGCUUAGCUUCUCUGUAGUAAACGUCAACCCACAACUCCAGUUGUUGUGCUCACAAGGAUAGCCACUUUGCUCUUGAAAGGGGAAAUAGGUGUGUGUGCGUGAUGUGUUUGAAUGCUAGUAAUGGCAACUAUGCAAACUGAUAUUCAGGAAAGGGACUGUUGAUGUUCUUGGCCUGUGUAAAGGGCACCAAAACAGUGGGAUCACAACCUAUAUUGAGUGUAUGGUUUUGACUGGAAAACUAAAAAUAUAUCACCUCUAAAAACAGGAAAUACAAUUGAAACUUCUUUUCCCCAAACUUGAAAUAAAAUGUCUACUCCUGA